UGUUGACUUCCGACUUGGUCUUGAAUGGUCAACUCGGGUGUAUCAUUUCUUGCACUCCAAAAUGCUCCAAAAACAUCACUUUAUCAUGAAACGCUCCUGAACCUGAAAACAUACCUACAUGCUAGAAAACAGAUUAAAUAUAUAAUAAAACACUAGUAUACCAUGGUAGAAAACAGGUAAAAUCCAUGGUAUAUCAACUCCCCAGACUUACUCCUUUACUUGUCCUCAAGCAAAUACAGUAGUCUUUGGAAAAGGUUUGAAAACAGUAGGAACUCAAAGAUUCAAGAUAUUGAAGUCAUCACUCUAUGGGUUUGCAAUUCUUAUCUAAACAUCCUAAUCACAGAAGUACAUUAUGCCUUAUCCUAGCUUAACAACCAAACUCAUCUAGUCAACAACUUAGCAAAUCUCAUCUGACAUUCCCCUCUACUAACCUCAUUUCUUAACAUAAAAUAAAAGUGCAGGCUUUACCUUGGGAAUAUCGAUCAAAGGACACAUGGAUUCAACUCAAACAAGUAUCUGAACACAUAGGUAGUCUUCUCUGAUCCCUUUCUCCCCUCAUCUCUCUUCUCUGAAUCUCUUAUUAGUUUCAAUUUCAACAGGUUUCGAUGCCACAAAGGUCAUCUAGUCUAUCUCAUUGACAUUUGCAUUGUAACUCAUACAUUUUUGACAAAGUGUAGCGAAUAAUGGGGUCUCUGGUAUUACCUAUCCCUCGUUUCCACAAUGUGUAAUCAACCUUGAGAUUUAGAAUACUGGGGUCGCAGGAGACACUCCUAUCCCUUUGCCUCUCAGGAAAUCAUUUCAAUCUUUUAUAACAUAAACUUAGAUCUUUGAAAUGCCGAAGAGAGAGAAGGAAGGAAACCAGAAAGACACAGACUUUUUACCUUCCAGACUUGUAAGAGGAUUCCGAUCCAGUGAUUUUCAAGCCCCAAGACAAGCAAAUAAGUCAGUAUUAGUGUUGGAGGUCAGCUUUGGUUCCUUCAAACAAUCUCAGCUAAUGUAUAUAGAUGACAGGUUGAUCCACUUUAGCAUCUUUAGUACUAUCUGCAAUCAGUAAAUCUAGAAUGGUGCUAAAGAGUGGUCAGACAAUCAAAUAUAAAUCUAUAUCAAUGUUCCUAUUUAAUACUUAUGUGAAAAAUAAUUUUGAAAAACUUUUUAAAUAAAAACCAAAAUAAAACACAUAUUAGUAUACUCCCCCCCAGACUUAAAUUACACUGUCCCAGUGUAACACAGCCGGAGUGAGGUAAAUUAAAUAAAUCAUAAUAAAUAAAUAUAACAAGAUAGAACGAUAAAACCUGAUCGACAAGGUGUCGAUCGAUUCGUAGGGGUGUACGUCGAUCGUUAGUAAUGGUCGUGUGGUGUCGAGCGAUAUUAAUGGUCCGUGUCGGUCGACGGAAUCAUCAUCCUACUCGGAUCUUAUAAAAACUGCAAGAAUAAAUCCGAAAAAUAAAAGUAAAAAUGAAAAAUAACUUAAAAAUAAAAUAAAAGAAUACCUAAUAGUGGGAUGUCGUAGAACAACUUCACGAGAACAUUCCGAUCUUAUUGUGCAACUUGGAGAUGAUAUUUCCUCCCUCAUUUUUUGACGUCAUGGAGCAUUUAGCUGUCCACAUCCCGUAUGAGGCAUUGCUUCGAGGACCAGUACAUUAUGGAUGGAUGUAUCAGUAUGAGCGGGCCAUGAAAUAUUUGAAGGGAAAGGCAAAAAACCUUGCAAAGGUUGAAGGUUCUAUAAUUGCUGGAAGUUUGACGGAAGAAACAUCUCACUUCACAUCGUACUACUUUGCACCUAAUGUACGGACCUGACAAAGAGCUCCAAAAAGAUAUGAUGAUGGUGGUGUUGCCCCAACAUAUGCAGUUGCUGGUGUUCCGGAUAUCUUUAGCCAGAUUGAGCGAAUGGGUGGGAAAACGAAAGAGGUUUGGUGGUCGAGUGAUGAAGACGCCCAUAGUGCACACACUUACAUUCUACUUAAUUGUGAGGAUCCAUUUAUGCGCUAUUUUGAAAGCCUAUUUGUUAGUCAAGUCCAAGAAACAAUCCCAGGUAUAUCCACAAGUGAGGUAGAUAAAAGGAAAGAUAGACACUUUAUUAAAUGGUUGAAGAGUCAGGUAUUUACUCCAAUCCGAUAUUUGUUUCGCCCACGGGGUGUAACGAAAGCUAGCUUAAGACAUUUGUUUCAAUGUUCUCUUUAAUUUAAUUUUGCAGGUUGAAUAUGACGAUCCAGAUUACCCCACAUGGUUUCACGAAUUAGUUCAGGGUCCACUUGCAAAGGUCACCACAUCACCAAUGUAUUUCUCACGAGGCUUUACUUUUCAUACGUACGAGUAUGGUAAACACCGGACGACCAGCAAUUAUGAAAUUUGUGUGAAAGGCGAAACCGAUUUCUACGGGAUCUUGCAGGAGAUUAUUGAAGUGGAAUUCCCUGGGUUAUUGAAGCUGAAAGGCGUCAUAUUCAAAUGUGACUGGUUCGACCCCGUGGUCAACAGAGGUGUUCGAUUUAACAAAUUCGGUGUAGUUGCUGUCAACGGUGGACGGAGGUACAACAAAUUCGAGCCUUUCAUAUUAGCUUCGCAAGCAUACCAAGUUAGCUUCCUACCAUACCCGAGGUUGCGAGAAUCUGGAAUAAGUUGGUUAGCCGUCAUCAAAGUUACACCCCGUGGACGAAUAAUCGGUGGAGAAGAACCACCUUUGCAAGAAGAACACAUCAAUGAAGUCGAAGAACCUGAACAACAAAUGGAUGACAUCCUACUCAUUGAUCCGCAUAAUCAUGAGUAUGAAGAUCUUCCCGACGAUACCACUGACGAUGCUGUUGAAGACGAGUUUAAUGAAAGUGAUGAUGUUUCUAGUGUUGAAGAGAAUGAUGAUGUAUCUGAAUGAUGA